AUGGAGGCAGACCCGUUCUUCUGGUCUAUUGAUGAAGUGGUCACAUAUCUUUGCCAUGGCUCGUUCAACGCUUGGGCGCGCUCGUCGCUACCGCGUCCUGAUCCAAUCCAAUUGGAGAGCCACCUCCGAGAGAACUAUGUGACCGGCGAGGUCCUUUUGACAGAAGUCGAUAGGGAGGCCUUGCCUCGCUAUCUUGGAUUGAAGGCCCUCGGACACCAAGCAACAGUCUUCAAGGCGAUUCAGUACUUGAGAUCGCGUUCGACUGAGUUUCGUAACGGUGCUAACAGUGACUUCUCAAGCGCUCAGAAUGCCGUAGUCGUUUCCUCUCCAGCCAGGAUUGGCGGCUUCACUGCUCCUCCUGUAGCUGAAAACAGAUCUAUACCGACACCCUUACAGCCUUCGUGCGAGCGUCAAGCACCGCUAGUCGAGUGCACUGUCCCUCAACCCGUCGAGUCCACGCCGAAGAUCGUUGACCCACCGGCUCCUCAGCAGAAAGGAGGAGACGGUAAAAAACGUCGACGGCUCAACCCCAGUGCCCUUUCCACUCAAUCGCUAACCAACGUCCCCGAAAAUCCUUGCCGGAAGAGAUAUUUGUGCUUCCAGAAGCAUCCUGUCAAAGAUGUGUUCUAUAAAGGGAUUGAAAGUGACGAUGAUAAUGACACAUUUGGAUACGUACGUCCAGCAAACUCCUCGACGGGUGAAUCCCGCUUUGUCAAUAAGCGGAUGCUACAUUUCCUACAACAAGUGCCACAGCCAUUCCCUGAGGAUAAAGAAGGGUCUCUCGCAAUAUUCCCAUACGAUGAGAGUACUGCACCGAAUGUACCCCGCUACUUCACACUCUACAAGAAAAAUAAUGGAAGAGUCAAUGUUAGAGUGGAGGAAGCCUCAAAGUGGCCACAUCUCAACGAACAAAGUGCCCUGGAUUACCUUACUGUCAAGUACCCCCCACAAAGCGAGGAACUGCCGUUGUAUGGCGAAUCGGGGUCCGAAGAUUAUGACUCUGAGACUUGCAGAGACAUGGAUGAAGCUAGGGAUGACGACAAAAGUGAUAGACAGGAUGGUGCGUCUAGUCUGAUGUCUGCAGCCGAUUUGAAUACGAUCGUUGAUGAGUUCAUCACCAAUACCAUCGAAAAAUGGAAGGAUACCAAGCUUCCAAUCCAUGAGAGAACGGCAUACGCAUUAUGGAGGAAAUCAAGGAAGGCAGGGACUGUUUCCAGUGAUAUUCGCCGAGCAAAAGCUCAGAUCACACACCUUGACACGCGUCUUGCUAGCUGGAUAAAAGGCAUAAAAAGCAACGAAUAUGAAAAUGGUGACCGUGGGAAAGUAUUACGGCAGUGCGCGUCAUUGGAAGUGACAGUGACACAGAGAGAAAUUCAGAGAUGGCGAGUGUCUGUCCUGGAGCUGGAAAUAUGCCCUUCCAAACCGACUGCUCCUCUGACUCGCCAAAGAGCUCCCCGGCCACGUUUUAAGGAUAACGAUGAGGAAUCUAUUGGAUCCGAUACUGACGAGGCUAUAGAAAGCGACCCAGAUUUUGUUGUGUCUGAUGAUACCCACAUACAUACCAAUGGAAAAGUACCUUCUGGAAGCAAUACGAACGUUACUCCUAUUCCUUCAUCUAUUCCAGAGAUUCAGGAUACUCAGCCGCCGUCUGACUCGGCUGCCCAGGGCCCUAUGGGAGGCCCGUUUGAGGACGUUGACGUUGUGGACUUGACCGAAGCGGAUAUGGAAGGUGAACAGGAUGUAGGCGAUAACGAUGCUGACGGCUCUGGGAGUCUAGAUAUUCACACUCCACCCUUGAAUCCCACAGAGAAUCCCAAGGAUGGGCUUGAGUUUUCUCCCCGUGCCGCUCCUGUGCUUUCCGAUACGGUGCUCGAUCAUUCACCUCCAGACGCUGAAUCGUCGGAGCUACCCGAUGUAACUGAUAUUGCUGCAUUGAAUAAAGUCAGCUGGAAGACUGUUAUAGGGCGGGGCGAUAGGAAGCGGCUUCUCGCUAAAACUAUCUAUACUCUGUCUAAGGAUGAGCGAGCGAAGUUAACUUCAUUACUCAGUUCUGUUGACAAGAGUACCUGGCGUCGACGACUAAGGGAGGCAUUAAAAGCGAUUCAAAAGGAAACGUACAAAAUUUCUUCUAUAACUGGAGAAGAUAUCUUCCUCUAUAAAAGGAUGGCUACUUUAUACGUUUCGUGGCUAAAACUCGAACUAAUACAAAACAGCGUAGGUAUCCCGACAGCCUACCUGAAGGAAGCCCGUCGUAAGGAUGAAGUGUUUCCUUUCUACAACGACCUUACAGAGAUUCUUCGUGUUGAGCGUCCAAAGAGCGUAAAGCGGGAGACAUCCUGCGAAAUUAUCUCCUUUUCGCAAAAUACCUCACGCAAAGGCUCUACGCCGGCUAUCGAUCCGAUUAUCAUUGAAGAUGAGGAUGAUGAACAGGAGCCUUUAGGAAGAGAAGUUGAGGUACAGGAGAUUUUCAGAUCCACUCCACGCAAAAAGAGAAAGAGAGCCGUGGCAGAAAGUAAAGAAGCCAUGGAAACGCAAAGCCGUGCGCAGCGCAGAGUCGAGGAACAAGCAACACGGCAGCGGAUGUUACAAGAAGAAGGGGGUAUUGAAAAUGAUGACCCAGAAAAGAAAAUUGUCAGUUUUGAUGACCCUGUUAUCUGCCUACAUCGCGAUAUUGGGCGCCGUGUCAAGGAGCAUCAGAUUUCAGGGAUUCAAUUUAUGUGGAGAGAACUGAUCAAAGAUGAGAAAAAUGAAGGCUGUCUUCUAGCCCAUACAAUGGGGUUAGGGAAAACAAUGCAGGUGAUUUCUCUUCUGGUAACCAUUGCUAAUGCGUCAAACUCGUCGGAUCCCAAAAUCAAGGCGCAAGUCCCAGAGCGGUUUAGGACGUCUAGGACUCUGAUUACAUGUCCUGCAUCGUUAAUAGAUAACUGGGAUGAAGAGUUCGCGAAAUGGACUCCACCAGAUGCUGCGACUAGAUAUAACCUAGGGCAAGUACGAAAAAUUGUGUCCCAGGAUCCAAUACAGCGCCUUUAUACGAUUAAUGGCUGGUAUACUGAGGGUGGUGUCCUACUGAUCAGUCAUGAACUUUUACGACGAAUGAUCCAUUACAAUGCCCAAAAAGCUGCCUUUCAGAGACUGCCAGCCGAAAAAUGUGAGAUAAUCAAACGACAGUUGCUUGACGGUCCAAAUAUCGUUGUUGCAGACGAGGCACAUAAACUGAAGAAUGGCGCAUCCAACCUUUCAAAAGCAUGCACUAUGUUCAAGUCCAAAAGCCGCAUUGCGCUGACUGGAUCUCCUCUCUCAAAUCAACUGAUUGAUUACUACCAAAUGAUUAAUUGGAUUUCGCCUGGCUAUCUUGGAACGCUGAAACAAUUUAAAGCUAAAUACGAGGAACCCAUAAGAGAGGGCUUAUACUUUGACAGCACAAAUGCAGAAUAUGUGAAAUCUCGCAAGAAAUUAGAAGUUUUGAAGAAGGUUCUCGAGCCAAAGGUGAACCGGGCCGGCGUGUCAGUCAUCCAAAAAGAUCUUCCAUCCAAAGUUGAGUUUGUCAUAUAUAUCCCACCAACGCCCCUUCAAAAAGAGACCUACAAUCAGUUCGUGUCUUUGACCAUGGAAGGGAAGGGCGAAUUCGAGUUUACACGGCUGUGGGUUCUGCUCUCUUACCUGACUCUUUUAUGUCAUCAUCCUUCAUGUUUCUUGCGAAGGAUUCUUGAGAAAAAGAAAGAAAGAAGUCAGGUCAUUGAGAGGGAGAAUGCUGUCGAAGGAGGCCAAGGAAUAGUGAUUCCUUCGGAAUCCGAGCCUGAAGCCAACCCUGACAGUCCAACCGCAAUAACUAUAGAAGACGAUGUCUUAGAAACUGAGGGACAAACCGCGAUAACGGAUGAAGUUGUUUCACAAUUUGAACAAAAGUUCAAAGGCAUAAAAAGCCUGGACUCCCCGGAAAAUUCUCAUCGUACGCAAAUGGUUGGGAGAAUUGUUGACGAAUCUAUCAAAACUGGUGACAAGGUCCUCAUUUUCUCGGGAUAUUUACACACGCUUACUUAUCUUGGCUCGAUGUUGGAGGCAAGAGGUCAAAAGUUCUGCCGCUUAGACGGAAAGACACCGAUAGCAACCCGGCAGACAGCUACAAAGAAUUUCAGCGAUUCUGAUGCGCAUGUAUACCUCAUAUCGACGAAAGCUGGGGCCCUAGGACUUAACAUUAUUGGCGCAAAUAGGGUCAUUAUUUUUGAGUCUGAGUACAACCCAACGUGGGAAGAACAGGCCAUUGGGCGGGCCUACCGUCUUGGCCAGGCCAAGGACGUUUUUGUCUAUCGCUUUGUUAUGGGAGGGACGUUCGAGGAAUUGAUACACGAGAAGGGGGUUUUCAAGAAGAAUAUGGCCCUUCGGGCUGUUGACAAGAAGAAUCCUACACGGUCUACCGGCAAAUCUACCAGUGAAUUCAGGCGCCCUAUCCAAAAUUGCAGAAAGCAAGAUUUAUCUGAAUUCCAGGGUAAAGACCCAAAGGUAUUAGACAAAAUUCUUGCACAGCCUAACUACAUCCAUCGGAUCAUCUUAACAGAAACCCUCCAUCGCGAGGAUGCCGUGCAAUUUACACCACAAGAGAAAAGCGAGAUCCAAGCAGAAUUGGAUGAUGAGAGGUUGGAGCGCACUAACCCCGAGCUAUGGGCAAAGAAACAACAUGAAAAGAGAUUAGCAGAAGAACAGCUCCUGCGCGAAGAAAUGAUGAAGGCACACCAACACCACUUCCCAGUGAACAACGGCCCUCCAUUUCAGCCCGCCACCUAUACAUUUCCUAUGCAGUCGCCGGUUCCUUUCUUUCACAACAGCAAUGGUGUAAAUACACAGCAUAUGCUUCCCCUUCAGGGACCAGUUCCACGCUUGUCACAACCACAGUCACAGCCCCAGGUAGCACCUCAGAUACCGAAUCGAUUCCAGGUAACAAGUCGAAUGCAGUUUACACCACGACCUCCGGCUUCAUUCCAAGGCCGAAAUGGAGCGGUUCCACUUCAGACACUUCCAGCACAACCACGGCUGGUGCAAGCUCCUGCCUCCACUCCAAUAUCUCCGGUCCCCCCAACUCCGCCAACGCCUCAAGCUCCAGUUUAUGUCUCUCGAGCUCAAGCUCAAGCUCCGGCUGCUUCCAGUUCAGUUCCUUCAACUCCCCAAACCUCUGCGGCUCCCAAAGCUCUAAAUCCGGCUUCAAUUACAGCUUCGACGUCGGCUCCUCCAGGCCCUCCCGGGCCCCUCCGAACUCAACCAACAGUAUCUCCCUCAGUUGCGUCUCCAACAAACCCCCAUAACCCAGGCCGGCAGGGAACUGAACCUCGAAGUACACAGCCUCCUCCGCUGCCCCCUUUGGUCGCCCAAUUCCCACUAGACCCCAAACCUAGUCACCCACACAAGAUGGACAAGGGGACGAGAGGUAAGUAA